CAAACGCGUGCAACUUUCCAAUCCCUCUCCUUUUUUCCUCUUUCACUCGGAAGCCUACAUCUGUCUCUCUCGCUCUCUCAGGCACACAUCAAACCAUUGGUGGUGGCGUCCCUGACUCUAUAAAUUCACCGUAGCCUAAUCUUGACCUUUCCAAGCUUAUAGAUAAUGCCAUAUAUGGCGUCGCCGUUUGUGGGAGAGCCACCAACGGGUGACAUGCCGCCGGGCUAUCGCUUCUACCCAACUGAAGAGGAGCUCGUUUUGUUCUACCUUCGCAACAAGCUCGCCGGGAAGCGCCCGGAGAUCGACCGUGUCAUCCCCGUCGUCCAUGGCAUUUACCAGCUCGAGCCGUGGCAGCUCCCAAAGCGUUCGGGAGAGUUGUGCCGGAAAGACACUGAGCAGUGGUUUUUCUUCACGCCGAGGCCGGAGAGGGAAGUUCACGGAGGGCGGCCCUGCCGGACCUUGGCUUCCGGCUACUGGAAGUCCAGCGGCUCUCCCGACUACGUGUAUUCAUCAUCGGAUGGAAGAGUGAUUGGGUUGAAGAAGACAAUGGUGUUUUACAAAGGCAAGGCUGGAUCUGGAAAAAAAACCAAGUGGAAGAUGAAUGAGUACAGAGCCAUUGAAACAGAAGAAGAAGCUGCAAUCCCGAGGGUAAGGCAUGAGCUGAGUUUGUGCAGAGUUUACGUCGUAUGGGGAAGCUUCCGAGGAUUUGAACGCCGGCCAGUAGGGGCGGAGGACGUCGGAGCAGUGAGGCGGCGGGUUCACAGAUAUGAUGGCUCCGCGACUAGAGCUUCUCAGGAGUCUAAAAGAGUGGAGAAAGCAGGCUCCUCUGAAAGUUCAUCAUAUUUAGGAGAAGAGCAGUUUGACGUUGCAGAGACCAAAUCGGGCUUGGCUGCUGCAAGUAAUGGCGGCCUAGUCCCGGACUUGGAACCCCUAUGGGAGUGGGAGCAGCUCAAUCUGAUCUAACUAGCAAGAAUUAAGUUGCCUCUUUGUUUGUAUUAAGUAAGAAUAGUAUGGAUAAUGUAAUUUAUACAUUAUUUAUGUACACUUUAAACUGGGGUUUAAGUUUAGUUAAUUUUAGUUAAGUCUUAAUAAAUUUUAAUACUUAAUAAUUAUUUUUCGUCAAA